AUGCUAGGCACUUCACCACGGCCACGGGAGCCUGCUGUGAUGCAUCCCGACGAAGAAAUUUGGAACGGUGUUCUACUCGAGCUGGACGAUGAGGAGAUUGCUAACGAUUUAGUUCGUGUUGCGGCUGCCAGCAGAGCUGUAGAAGAAGCUCCUAUGUGCCCGCCAAGGUUUUCCUCUUUGGAAUACAAAGAUAACCAUACCUACAACACUGAUUCUAUGAAUCAUCUCCGAAGAGACGCACAAUUGGUCGACAUCAGUGCGCCAUGUUCGAACGGAAACGGUCGAUAUUCGCCAGAUGAAUCCUCUAUUGCGCUGCUAGAAUAUCCCACAAUCGGUUUCAAAUUUGACUUGUACCAACCGGAAAUGGAUCCGUCAAAAGUUCAAAUUGAACGCGGUACAUUACUCAAGCCAUUAUCGGAACUGGACGAUCCGAGAGUAAUCACCUUUCUGAAGCGAGAGCAAGAAGAAUUGCGUCGAAAGGAUGCCCUUCUAGCUCGCGACGUCCUUUCCUCGAAUGUUUACGCAGUCGUUCCCAAAACUGAUGUGAUGCGUCUGACUGAUGAUCAAGCAAUACUCCUCCUUGCCAUUGGAGACACCGAACGACGCGUCCAACUCUACCACGAUUUUGAAACAUUUGACUUCGUCAGAGGGCUGCGAAAAGGUGACACGGUAUUCGUUGAAGAUUUUGACAAAAUGUACAGCGGACGUAUUAGCAGAAUUGGAGAGCGACCGUAUGCUUAUGGCACGUGGUUCAACGUGGAGAUUCCGAACUGGGACAUGAAUGGGUCGGAAUGGUCGGCACCUCCACGAUAUAUUUAUGCGAAUGCGGGUCAAUUGCACAAACCGAAUAGCUCUACUGUAGUUGAGAACAGGGUAGUAAUGCCUAGUGAACCUCGUGUGAUACCGAUUCGUCGGCUAGAUACGGGCUAUGAACCUCGGCGGGGCACCGCAUCAUCUGCAUCGGACUCUUAUGGGAACGAGCUCAUUUCCUGGAAUGAUGACUCGCGGUAUGACAGAAGGCGAAAACCAGAUUUCAUCGACAGCUACGAUGAGGUGGAACCAAACCAUUUCCGGGAAAGAGAAAUCAGAGACAGAGAAACUCGAAAUCGUAGCCGACCUCAUCAGACUCCGGCUAGAAGCCAAAGCUCCCACGCAGUAGCUGUUCACGACAGAACUUUCAGGGUCGACGACCCGGUGAGCACUGGUGGAGCGAUGGUUGGUGACCGAUGUGUUUGGGUUUCUGAAGGUGUACCACACAAGGGAACCAUUAAGUUCAUAGGACAUCUAAAGGGACAUAGCAAUUUGUACGCUGGUGUUGACUUUGAUGAGAAAGUUGGAAAAGGCACUGGCGUAUUCCAAGGCGAGGUGUUGUUCCAAACACCGGAAAAUCAUGCAGGCUUCGUGCUGCUUUCUGCUCUGGAAAUUAUUCCGCGAUCUCUGGCUGUGAGUGCGACUGCAAAUAAUCGUCAUAUCUCGCUGGUACAAAAGCAGGCAUCGGCGGAAUCGCUUCGUGAUAUGCCCUCACCUCCGGUACCACCACGACCUAUAAUGAGAGCUGAGGAUUACAUGAUUGAUUCGUUUACCGUAGGAAGUUGUGUGGAAGUGUGUCACCUUGGCGCAUGUCGAUCUGGCGUAAUUCGUUGGAUUGGGGAUGCAAUGAGCGACGAUCAUGAUCAUAUAGAGAAGAGUGCGGUAGUAGAAUUGGAUGAUGUUUCACCGUCAGGAUGGCGACCGGCUUACGAAGCACCGAUGUCUAGUGCUGCAGGAGUGGUGAACGGUGUGUUGGUGCCAACAUCAGCACUACGAAGGGAUCGUCGAGUUGACCACGGAGGUCCGAAUGAUAACAGAGGCUCCCCCAAUCAAGCUCGAACUGAUUUUGGCAGUAUCGAUAGCGGUGUUGAACCGACGAAAUGCGAACCAUGGCGUGUUACCGAUGAUCUUGUCGGCCGAAUGAAAGGCAUACAAGGGCACAGGAACAGUUGCUAUCUAGAUGCGACUUUGUAUGCGAUGUUUGUGCAAAGCACAGCGUUCGAUAGGUUGCUUGAUCGACCGGCGAACAGAGAAGACAUUCCACAGUAUCGGGAACUACAAAGGUUGCUGGCAACGGAGGUGGUGUACCCGUUGAGAAAAUUCCAUUACGUCCGAGCGGAUCACAUCAUGAAAGUACGUGAACUUCUGGCUAAGGCACUACCUCAUAUGCGAGGACUUACAAGCGAAGAGAAGGAUCCGGAAGAAGUGCUAACUGCUUUGUUUGGUCAACUGCUAAAAGCACCACCACUAGUGGAACUGAUUAAUCUCAAAGAUAACAAAGUUGAUCGCACGUAUCUCUGCCCACUGAUUGUAGACGACUGGACUGCUGGAGUGGCAACUACGCAGCAUCUUCUUGAACGAUCCAUGCGUUCUGCAAAUAUAAAAUUUGCGUACCCACCGAAGACGCUUAUUCUACAGCUGCCUCGAUAUGGUCAACAGAAAUUAUUCGACAAGAUUCUGCCAUUGGAACGUAUAGAAAUCACUGGACUGGUGAAUAACGCGGUGCAAGCUUGUCAUGGAUGUGGGAAACCAGCUGAAGGAAUGUGUCCAGAAUGCUUCUUAUGCAAGCGGAUCACGCUUUCAGAGGUGUCAUACUGCGUACCAUGUGCGAACCGUGUGCACUAUAACGCUGGUGAACAAGAUCACGCAAUCCGACUCUUUUAUCCAAGCGGACGUCCUGUUAAAAAGCCGGCGUGUCAUCGCAUGGUACUGUCAGCUGUGUUAUGUAUCGAAACGUCGCACUAUGUGGCAUUCGUGCGUUCAUUAUCAGGUCGUUGGAUAUUCUUCGACUCGAUGGCUGAUCGAGAAGGUCUUAGUGAUGGUUUUAAUGUGCCACAGGUAAUGGAACAAUGA